AUGGAUCUCUCUUAAUACAAUCUAGUUGACGAAAAUUCGGAUUACAUUAUUCUCUAGCAUAAAUCAAACAGCCAAUUAUAUGUUUAUAAGGAAUAUGAAAUACCAAAAUUUAUUGGGAAAAAACAAAUACUUCCAAACUCUUAAUUGAUAGAGAUUUUAGAAAACAGAAGGUAAUUAGAUUCUUCAAAUUUGCUAUAACUUACCGAUUAUGUCAUAACAUCCAGAUUAUGCCUAUUAUAUGAAUAAUACCUCAAAAAUUUUGAAGAGGAAUUGUCAAAGCGUAGAAACACUAAUUAAUAUUGGUCUGAAGAAGAACUGUAUAAUACAUUUCAAGCAUGUCUAUCGGCUAUGAAAUCAUUUCAUGAUUUUGGAUUGUCUCACACUUGUAUUGGUCCAAACUCAAUAGUGUUUAGUUAGGAUUCCCAAGUUAAAUUAGCUGAUCAUUUUGCAGUAACCUAGUAAUUCAAGAGGAACUACUCUCAUGUUCCAGAUAAUGAGGAGUACGGCUAUUGGUCACCUGAAAUUAUUAAUGAAUUUCAAGGAUGGAAAUAGAAAUAUGAAACAAUUGAGGCAGAUAUUUGGGCUUUGGGGAUUGUAUUUCUAGAAGCUAUGACUUUAAAAUCGGGCUACGAUUUUUAUUUUAUAGAUGAUAACAAUAAAUUAUACAUUGAUUAUCAAUUACUCUAAGAUAAUUUCGAUGCAGCCAAGGAAUAUUAUUCUUAAGAAUUGAUUACUUUAGUUUAAAUCAUGCUCACUAUAGAUCCCUAAGAAAGGACUUGGGAAAGCAUUAUUGAAUAAAACAUAAGAAUCCAGGAUAUGUAGUAAUAGCAGAUUCAUCCACAAAUACAACCAAUUCCAGAGGAAAGUGAGGAGGAGAGUAUAGUAUAAGAGAAUGAGACAGUCUGUGAUAAAAAUAAACUAUUGAAUAUGUUGGAGAGUUGUUUAAUUAAAUCUCGACAAUUGAUUAAAGAGAAUGAAUGCAGAAAGUCUAAAAGACCUAGUUAAAAUAAAAUAUCAAGUAGUUAAUCUACUCCUCCAAAAGAGAAGGAGGAUGUCUCUUCGGGUUUGUUAAUGUUGUUGAAAGGCAAGCAUUCGAGGAAAAAUUCGAUUGAUUCAAGUGGGUCGAUUCUUAGGGAAAUUCCUUAGAAUAAAUAAAAGUAAAGACAAAAGUCUUGUUAGGAUAUUUUUGAAAAAAUAGUCUUGCAAAAUCCAAUUGUCCAGGAUGAAAAUAUCAUGGACCCUAAUGAUUUAUCGAAUUUGAUGUAAAUCUAUAAGUCAUAUACAGGAGAAGGAAAAAAUAAAAUGAUGCAUGGUAAAGGGCAUUUGGUGUUUUAAAAUGGUGCUGUGUUAUAAGGGAGCUUUAAGGAUGGCAAAGUCAAUGGCUAUGGAAUUUUGCUAAUAAAUGGCUAAAUAAUAGUUGGACACUGGGAGAAUAACAUUUUAGUUUAAAUUAUGUGAAAUAUCAUAUAUAUAUACAUAAAUAAAUUUACUAAUUUUUGA